AUGACCAUUAUUCUAUACGAUGGACGGCGACGUCACACAAUUUCUCCUGCAGCUUCUCCUGAGUCGCAGAACCGAUGUACAAAUAUUGCUCCUCAGUCAACAUCGAACGCGUCACCGGAGCUCGCAGAAACAGGUUGGCUGACUGCUCUUCAUAUUCCAUUGAACCUGGACGAUGUAUUUUUACAGUAUACGCGUUCAAAGCUUUUCCAAGGCUCCAAUAGAGUGGAUGUUGUUCUGCCUGCCCAUGUGGAUAGAAGCCUAAUGACCAAGGCGUUUCUGGCGCUAUGCACCACAUUUUUUGGCCUAGAGCAUAAGGAAAAAGGCGUCAUCAGGCAGGGAUUUCAACGUUAUGGCCAUGCUUUAGAACAUAUCCACCGGGCACUCGAAGAUCCAGUUCGGUGUGCCUCCUUCGACCUUCUGGAGUCAAUUGCAGUUAUGUCGGUAUUCGAGUUUAUCAUAUCUGACGACUGGACUGGCUGGCUCAGCCAUUUGGUCGGCCUUGAGAAAUUGUUCUCUUUCCGUGGGCCGGAAUCAUUCAUUACAUUUCCAGAACUUUUAAUACUAGAAAAAUCACGGGUAUCGAUUAUUACAUCCUCCUUACUUGUGCGACGGCACACAAUCCUAUCAAAUCAAGAAUGGAAGGCUAUUCCGUGGACAUACUUCCCGGAAAGAAAAAACUCCAUGGAACUGCUUGUCGAUAUCCUUGCUGACUGUCCGGCGCUCUUCGCUGACCAAAUGCAACUGCUGUCCAAUCGAAAUUUGGCCAUAACGAAUCAGGUGGCGGCGGGGUUAAAACAUUUGCUAGGUCGGGCGUAUCGUCUCUUAGACCAACUUGAAAAAUGGAAGGAACAAUGGGAUUUGGAUAAUCCGGGAUACUGCCACGAAAUUCCUGCUCCAUUUCCGAGGCCGACCUCUUUUGGUUGGCAAGGCGAGAAAGACAUGGAAACGCCAAUUUGGACGACAAUACUUAACUAUGCAUCUGUAUAUCACGCCAACACGAUGGUAUUAUAUGAUGGAACCUUGAUCCUCCUUCUCAGAUACAUCCAAGGUAUUAUGAAUGAACUAAACAUCCUCGCAGCACCUACAGACCGCCAGUCCUUUGACCUUUGGGAAAGAUCAUACGCCGCUAGCCUGGCCAUAUGCCGCAGUGUGGAAUAUCACCUGCAGGGCAUGCGACGAGGGGUUGUCGACUUUCAUCUCAUGUUUCCGCUAAGAAUGGCAAAUCAGACUAUUGGGGACUCCAACCCCGCUAUUGGUCUUUGGAUUCAAGAUGUUUUGCAGCAAAUCCGAGACGGCCAAAGUAGCAGAUGGACCUUGGCCAAAUAUUUACUGGAGGUACAGACUGUCCCUGGUGCUUUACUGCAAGCGACUUGA